UGUUGGAAUAGGAGAGAAGCACCACUAAAACCCAGGAAUCUAUUCAUGGGUCCCCUUGCUUUCAUAUCACCAAAGGACAUUUCUCUUGCCCUUCUGCUUGGGAUGCCUUGUUUGCUGACAGACUUUCAUCUUUUCAUUCCCGCUUGCUCUCUUCCUCCUUGGAUUUCUUUUGCUCACUCAUGGCGCCCCAAGCUCUUCUUCAUCAUGCCCUCCUCCUUCUGUUCCUCCUCAUGGUCCUCUGGCCAUUCUCAGGUUUCAGUAUAUGGUUCACUGCAGCACAAGAGCAGCAGGCUAUGCAUGUGGGGAAGAUAAGGACUAACCAGAGUGAUAUUGUUGAGAAGAGAAAUUAUGGAAAGCUGAUCCCAGUUCCAGAGAUAAAGUAUUUGCCUUGGGCAUUGGAAAGUGAUAAGAAGAGAAGAAAGUUAGCACCUUUUCAGUUAUGUUCAGGGUGUACAUGCUGUGCCGGUGAAAGCAAUAACAGAGUAUGUACUACAUCUGCCUGCUGUUACUCCAUAACCUGUGGCCUUCCUGACAAACCUUACGGUGUCUGUGCUUUCACUCCCAAGGCCUGCACUUGCACAAACUGCACAGGGGUUUGAUCUGUGCCCACUCUAAUCCUACUCUGUAUACAAAAUAUGCUCUACACUAUGUGGGAUUUGAUAUAUGCCCACUGUAAUAUUAUCAUUGAGGAGGCAAAAUUUUUACUUUGCUUUGAUAUAUGAUUUAGAUUGUCAGAAGGCUUGUUAGACUACUUACUGGUGAUUUUUCAUUUGCUUUGCCUGCUUCUAAUUUUCCAAUCAGACAUUGUACAAACGCACAGCAGGCAGGCAUAAUGUUGCCUAGAGCUGGUUAAUAAUGUUGCAUCUUUCUGUACUUAAUAAUGAUAUAUGAGAAUUUUUAUGA